UUUCUUUCCCUUAUUCUUUUUUUUUUCUUUAUACCAUGUCUAUUGAUACUCCAGCAUUUGACUUAUCUGACUAUUCUUAUGUUAUUGGCAUUGAUUUCGGUACAACUUUUUCAGGGUGCUGUUAUGCAUUUACUAAAGACGGAGGAGACGAAAUUGUGGAUAUUACUAGAUGGCCGAAACAAAUGAAUGUAUAUCCCAAGACUCCGACGUUAUCACUUUAUCGUAAUGGAUCCAAUAAACUUGUAGCAUGGGGACAAGAAGCUCGAAAGUUAUCAUUUAAACGAAGUAAUAUCGAUCAUUUAUUAUCAAGAUUCAAAUUACAUUUGGAUGAAAAUUUGGAAGAUUUACCACCUUUACCUAAUGGAUUAACAGCUUUGGAUUGUAUUACGGAUUAUUUGGAAGCUUUUCAUACUCAUGUCACUGGUGAAUUACAACGUGGUUUUGCCUCUAAUUAUGAUCAAUCCAAAUUCAGAUAUUGUUUGACCGUACCUGCAAUGUGGAGUGACAAAGCCAAGGCUACGAUGCGUGAAGCUGCUAUUCGUGCUGGCAUUGUCAAUCGAUGGGAUCAUCCUGAUCGUCUCAUGUUAAUUAGUGAACCUGAAGCUGCUGCUCUCUACUGUGAAAAGAAAUCUGAACAAUUCAAUCUUGGUCAUGCCCAACGUUUUAUGAUUUGUGAUGCUGGUGGUGGUACUGUGGAUUUGAUUGUGUUUGAAAUUGAUGACUCUGGUAAUCGACGAUCUCUCAAGGAAGUCACUAAAGGUCAAGGAGAUUCUUGUGGAUCUACAUUUUUGGAUAUGCGUAUGCGAGAUUAUUUGAAAAAUCGAUUUUAUCAUCAUGGCAAGGUCAGUGAUACAGCUAUGGAAGCUAUGAUGGAAACAUUUGUGGAAGCUAUCAAGCCUCAAUUUGACGGUGAAGAAGAUCAAUUCCUCCCUCUUCCAGCUUCAUUAGGAUUAGGAGAUAUGGAUGAUCCUGAUGCGGGGAUUGAAGAUGGUAACUUGCAUUUACCAGCUCAAGAAUUACGUGAAUAUGUAUUUGAACCCGUGAUUCAUCAAGUCCUUUAUCUUAUUGAUGAACAAUUACAUCAAUCUCAUAUUAUGUUGGAUGCUAUCUUUUUGGUGGGUGGAUUUGGUCAAUCUGUUUAUUUAUAUCGUCGGGUACGAGAAGUAUUUGAAAGUCGUGUGGGCUUUAUUGGUGUUCCUCCUCGUGGUGAAUUGGCGGUUGUCAGGGGUGCUGUUUAUUUUGGUUUGAAUCCUCGUAUGGUUACUGAACGGGUCUCACGGCGUACUUAUGGUGUAGAAACUCGAAUGCUCUUUGAUGCUCGGUCUGAUCCUCCUGAACAAUGUAUCAAAGGUGAUGACGGACGAUUGUUUUGCAAACAACGAUUUAGUAUUUAUGUGGAAAAAGGUCAAGCUAUCAAGGUAGAUGAAUGUGUUUCUAAGAAUUUCAUGAUUGCUUAUCCCAAUGAUACAGACACUGACUUAUUUGCUUUUGAUGGUCAAGGUGAAACUCCAAGAUUAACUACAGAUGCCAAUGUAUUCAAAGUAGCACGAUUUCCUAUCAAGAUGCCCAAAUUUCAUGGAGUACAAAAAGGUGAACCUAUUUUUAUGACGAUCAAGAUGUUCUUUGGUCAAACAGAAAUCAAGAUUGAAGCUCAUAUUCGGGAUCGUGUGUUUACUUUUACUUCUGCAUUUGAAACUUUGGAACGUGGUUUAUUGGAUCUCAAUGGACAACUCUCUAAUAUGAAAUUAAGACCUGAUGAUAAUGAUUCAAGUAUUGGUGCUGGUGGAUUGGCUGGCUUUAGUGGAUCAAGUUCAAACUUAUCAUCUUACAACUCUCGACCUCCUUCUUUACCAGCGCAAAAUGAAUAUGGUUAUCCUUCACCUGCUCGAUCUUAUCCUAAAAGUGAACGUGGAACCGAUGACGACAAUACUUUCUAUGAUAGUGACUCAAGAUAUUCAAAUGGAGUUUCCUCAACAAAAAAGAAAUUCUUUGGUCUCAAAUUUUCUUCCAAUAAACGCAGAUAGUGGCAACAUCUUUUUUUUUUUUUUUGAUCUCCCUAUUCAUGUUUUUAAUCCAACAUUCUUUUCCCUUUAUUUUUCUUUUUUUUUUUUAUUCUAUUAUCCUUUUUCUUUUUUUACAUACAUUACAUCAAUCAUUAUUUUCAUCAUCAU